CGGGGGCUCUUUUUAUAAUAGCAAUCUUUCUGUGUCACGAUAAAUAAAAGUGGUUGGUGCAAAAAAAUUAAAAAAAAAAAAAAUUACUUUUCCUUAAACUCCCUCUUUUACUUUAAUUUUUUUUUCCCUUUUGCUCUCUUCUCCUUUACUUUUUUCAUUUAAUUUUUUUUUUUUUGCAGCCGCCAAAGUGUGAUGUUUCACUCUUCUGGCUCUAGACACGAACAGUACCUUGUUCGUUCACAAAAGAAAGCCAUUCUUCAAAAAAAAAAACGCACUUCUUUAGAAUCCGAGAUUUCAGGAGCAGAUAGUGGAUACACGUCUUCAUCAUCCACCAGUUCGCCCAAUACCAGUAUCAGUCAUGUGACUGACGACGGCGAAGAAGAAAAUAUACAAAAGAAAAAGAAACAAAAGAGGCAAAAUCAACCUCCUCGGCAACCCGAUCUCGUUUAUUCUUGUCCGAGACCUCUGGCCUUUCCGUUCCACAACGACGACCAUUUCUUACCCAUUGCGGAAGCAGAUCCGCGCGAUGUAGCAAGGGUCUCCCCUUCCUCUUUAUUAUUAAAUCGAUCCGCCUCGCUGCAGUCCAGUAAAACAUCAUUUUCCACACAGAGAUUGAAGAGAGACACAGAGUCUUCUUAUAGUCAACAAUCUUCCAUCCUGAGUACAAUACAACGUGGCACCGUGCGUUCCAUCAGAUCCCUUUUUCAGUUACCCGAAUCUUCUUCAUCGAAUGAUCCUUUAUCCCCUACCACCAGCAAUCCAAAUAGUUUACAGCGGCUGGAAAUCAAAAAGGGCACGGUUCAGUCCAUCAAGGACAUGUUUUCCAACAAGAAAAAAUCUCCCCUUGUCCUACCUAGUAAAUUGCAACAGGAGAGACAGCAUUCUACAGGUAUGGUUGGUGCAACCAUCGGUCAUUUCGAGUCCUCCUCCUCCUCCUCGAAAGCUCCCUUUCAACCCGUGGCUGUUAAUGUGACAAAACCCAAUGCCACAAAGAAAUCAUUCAAGUCGCGUGCUUCUGAAUUCGCCUCCAGAGCUCUUUGGAAGCAACCAUCCUCAUCAGCUCAACCACCACCACCACUAUCAUCAUCAUCAUCAUUAUUGAAAAAAGCGCCAUCACCACCACAGACACCACCAGUAGUAGCAGCAGCAUCGAAAAUAAAGGCGGAGACGAAAUCACUUUCGGCACGGAUAUUCCCAAAAACGUGGCGUCAUAAAGAUGAUCCAGCUUCUGUACAAAAGAAGAAUAAGCCAACCGAAACAACAGAAGAAGCACCAACAGUAGCACCACCAGUGACCACCGUGCGUAAAAUGUGGAAGAGUUUUAAAAACCUGAUGUCUGGUAAAAAGUCGUCUCGUGUAGGUGUAUUGUAAAUCUUUUUCUUUUUUCAUUUACGUUAUGACAUUUUUUUUUCCUAUUAAUUAUUAUUUCCCUCUUAUGUUAUGCCACUCUCUAUUGUCACCCCCCACCUCAUAUACCACACGCAAAAAAAAAAAACUAUUGCUUUUUUUUUUUUUUUGCUUUCUUUUUUUUUCUUUUCUUUUUUUUUUUUAAACACACAAAACAAAAAUUUGUUAUAAAUCACACACACACACACGCCCCCUCGUUUAACAUUUGAUUGGUCAAAUGUUGUAUUACUAGUAAUUUUUUAAAAAUAAAAAAAAAAACAUAUAAAUUCA